AUGGCCGCCUUUGUCGCGGUGGUGCAACCCGAGGCCACAGGAUACGUCACGCUCAACACGUCGGACUAUCGCGACGCACCGCUGAUCCGCUCCAACUACUACGGAUCUGCGGGGGAUAAGGCGGCCAUCCAGUAUGGAUACAAGCAGCUGCGGGAGAUCAUGCAUUCCGACGCCCUAAGUCCAUUCCUCGGAGAGGAGUUGUUCCCGGGAAAGAAUGUUACAUUGGAUUUGGAUAUCUGGGCGGCCAUCCAACAGGGUGCGCAGUCGUUCCAUCAUGCGCUGGGGACCGUGGCCCUGGGGACGGUCCUCGAUCGCGACUGGAGGGUGAAAGGACUGAAGGGGAUACGUGUGGUGGGCUCUGCCGCGAUGCCUCGACCUCCGACAUGCAUGACCCAGGCGCCUUCAUACGCAGUGGCACAUCGUGCAGCCUUGGAUAUUAUCCGGGCAGACAGUCUUGCGCAUCGGUGA